GACAACACCCACCUGAUGCAGUCUGAAAUUUAUUUGGUAGCAGCUGCGAGCCAAGGCCCUGGCAUGUUCCUCACCAACAUUCUGCUGAAGAAAGUUAAGAGCAAGAACAUCAUGGUGCUGAUGGAGAGCAUGGUGAGCGGCCAUCACCGCAUCAUGAUACGCGAGAGGCUGGGAGACAAGCUGGAGUGCAUUCGCUUCGAUCCGUACGUUCAGCUAAUGAGUGUAUACAAAGAGCGCAAGAAGAUUAGAAGCUUGAAAUGAUUCCUUCUUGCGUAACUACAAACACUCAGUGUACAAGAACAACAUGGACUGGCUAGAGUUUGCAAAUAUCGCUUGUCUGUGUGCAGAAAUGUGAACUUGUAAAUAACAGAUAGUUGCAAGACCAUGAGCAUAUUUUAUAUGGGAAGCAUUCUUUUCACAGACGAGAGAGCCAAGCGCCCUAUCGUGCAUCUUCGGUUUUUUUUUGUUCAUUGUAAAUAAAUAUGGUGGUGUUGAUAAAAGGAUACUAAUGGUUAAUUAGGUUAGGUUAGCUACAUUAUAAAUACCAUAAAACAUUGUGGACGGUUGAUUUGGUUAGGAUAGCUACAUUAAAGAUAUGGAAAAAAAUGAACUUUGGGUUUUGGCUCUCUUGUCUGUGAAAAGAAGGCUUCCCAUUUUAUAUAGCCAUGCUAAAUUUUAAGUAAAUAUUGAAAAUUGUUCCUCAAUUAAAAGAAAUAGUCAGUUUUAUGUUUUUAGUAGACAUGUUGAGCUGAGCUGCACAAUGCUGUUCAGAAUCGUGCUACAAACUCCAUUCGUAGAGACCCUGUUUUGUGGCAAAUAAAAUUAAAGUUUGUUAACAGUUCUACGUAAAUUAUUUUUGGAUUGCCGUAGUAUAUUGGGAUGUGUGGUGAUAUACAAUUGAAGUAAAAACUACACCAACGUAAAUAAUAAAAUUCAUGCGAUUAGAAGUACAUCAUUUACAUUACUUCUAAAUCAAAUAUCAGUGGCAUAAAAACAUUCACAAGUACUGGGCAUUUAAAAUUUUAAACACAACGAAAUCAAACUAAUACAAACAUGAUUUUGUAUUUGAUGUAAGUCAGGAAGAGCAUGAUAAAUAUUAUUUGAUGGAAUCAUAAUUAAAAUUGUAACUGAAAUCCGAAAUGUGAGAUGAAACUAAAAUCUGAAUUGAUGUAAUUUUGGAAUUAACCUAUAUUAUUGUGUUAUAUUUAGCAGGUUCACAUGUUAAUACAUAUUCUCACUAUACGUAUAUAAUAAGUAUGUUAAAUGAACAACCUUACUUACGUUCUAUUACAUGAAACUUUAAAAAAAUAAACUUUUUAAGAAAAUAAUUUUCUGUUACUUAAUAUAUAAAUAUUAUAAGAGUUUAUUUAAACAAUAAGUACCUUUGCACUUACCAAAUAAAUGGGGGAAGGUAAUUUUCUCCACACUUUUGAAAUGAAACUAAAGAAACAUAUGAAGACUUAUUAUUUUUCAAAACAAAGUUACACGUACAGGCAAGAAUAUGGUCUAGUAUAGCAAGUCUUGAAACAAGUACAUAGAACAGCUAAUAUUUGAUAAUGGCGCUCAUAGUGGAUAGUUUAUAAUCACAUAAAAGGCAAGAUUGCGUGUUGAACGGCCAGAACAACUGAUAAACUCAAUGUUGUUAUAUUAUAUUGUUUCAGUGAUCACCAUGGACUUAGUAAUUUGUGGAGAAAUUCCAUCACUCAAUGUGCCUGUUAGAACUAAGGCUCUGCAGUUCUAGGUUUUAUGCCAAGAAAAUAGUGUUCUGUUCUGUAUUUGGUUCUUAUAAAAAUAAUAAUAUCUUUAUUCAUUA